AGUUCUGCGCCAUUGUUCGGUCUAACAUGAAAUCGGUCGCAUAAAUGGACGAUUACCGCUAGUUGUAAUUGUGAAAAAGGAUUGACGCCUAUUAACGAGAAUGCCGAGCAAGAAGCGGAAAAAGAAAAAGAAGGCGACAAAGAAAAAUAGCACUAGUCUUCAGCCGAGUAAGGGAAAUGAAGACGAAGACGAAGAAGAGGUAGAAAAUAUUGUCGAUCCUAAUCAAUUGAAGUUUAUAUAUUCGAAAUGCGUUAAAAAAGUUAUUCAAUCUAUGGAGGAGAAGAAAAAUGCGGAGAGCGUUGAAUUGGAACUGCCUCUAGUCUGUUCAUACUCAGGAUUUCAUAUUGAAUUAUCACCUUUUCCCGAGAUUUUCGCUCACGUGAAACAUGGGAAGAACAGUAAGUUCAAUGAAGUUUUACCACAAAAGAGUACAGAAUCUCUCCCACCGAUUACAAUUGCCGAGAAGCAAAUGCUUGAAAGAAAGCCUCUCUUACGAACUGAUACAUCUUACAGUAAUUCAACUGCAUUAAGCCCUAGUCGUCGACCUAAGAAAGCAACAGUAAAUUUCAUAGAGGACAGAAUUAAUCCUAAGCGAACGGUUACUCUUCCGCCCAUAUUUGCAUUAACAAGAACGCAAACAACUGGUACUAUGAACCUAUCGUAG